UCUUCCUUCCUUCCUUCCUUCCUUCCUUCUUCUUCUUCUUCUUCACUUUUGAGUUUGCUUUUAAAGACACAAAAUUUAAAACCCUAAAGAGAGAGAUAGAUGGAUAGAUAGAGAGAUAGUACAGUACAAUGCUGUUUCCUAACUUCUUCUAUUUCCGUUUCUUGUUUGCUUAGAUCUGUACAGUACUCUGCACUGUUCACUAGGAGUGAGCUGUGCUUGAUUUACAAGCACAAGUUCUUUAACUUGCAAUGGAGGAACCGAUAAUGCCAUCUGCUAUUGAAGAGCCUGUGGACAUGAUUCGAACUCCAGAGAAACCAUCUUCUGUUACUUCAGUGGAAAGUGCGAAAAGGGUCACAAAAACUACAAAACCUACUAUUUCAGCAACCUCCAAUCUUUUAGUACCAACUGGUUCUUAUAGGAAAAGAGCUGAAUCAAGAAACAGUUUAGGUUCAAGUUCAAAUGUGACCAAACCAUCUUUAGUUGCUUCAUCUCGUAAUUCGAACUCAGUUCCUGUGGCAAGAAGAGUUAGCACUGGAGGAGUUUCUGAGAAAUCUUCUGCAGUAAAGCAACCAAAUAGUGUUGCAGGAAAAAAUACUCCUGCUGUUUCUGAUCCAGUUAGGCGGUCUCUUCCGGAGCUUAGAAGGAGUUCCUUGCCUUCAGUUGCUACAAAAUCUGUAAGCCGAGCCAGUGUUUCAGGGGCUAGGAAGUCAGCUCCUGCGACUCCUUUGGAUAGGAGUUUGAGAUCAUCAACAGGUUCCGAUAUAAGUAAGCCAGAGAUUGUCAAGAAACCAUCAGUUAAACCAGCAUUAUCAGUCUCUUCCUCCUCAAAAAGGGUUUCUUCAAUAUCAUUGGACAGUACAGGCAGUAGUGCAAGUAGGAAAACGGUUUCAAAAGUUUCUUCACCAUCGGCUCGCUCGCCUUCAGUUUCUAGUGGAAUGAGAACUGGAUCCUUGUCAACAUCUGUGGAUAGAAGUUCUAAUUUGUCUGGACGGAGGAAAAUGGGCACUCCUGAGAGCCGGGAUUCUCGGUUCAUUGUUCUUCCCCAAGUGGAGAUUAAAGCUGGUGAUGAUGUGAGAUUGGAUCUUAGGGGCCACAGAGUUCGAAGCCUCAAUGCUAGUGGGUUGAACUUAUCGCCCAAUUUAGAGUUUGUCUAUCUCAGAGACAAUCUUUUAUCUACAUUGGAAGGAAUUGAGAUACUGAAGCGGGUUAAGGUUCUUGAUUUAAGCUUCAAUGAGUUCAAGGGACCCGGGUUUGAACCUCUGGAGAAUUGCAAGGCUCUGCAGCAACUUUAUCUUGCCGGUAAUCAAAUCACCUCGCUCAUAAGCCUUCCCCAGCUUCCUAACCUGGAGUUCCUCUCUGUUGCACAAAAUAAAUUGAAGUCUCUUUCAAUGGCAAGUCAACCUCGACUGCAGGUAUUAGCUGCCAGCAAAAAUAAAAUAACAACAUUAAAGGGUUUCCCAUAUCUACCUGUCCUUGAGCAUUUACGAGUAGAGGAGAAUCCUAUACUUAAGAUGCCGCAUCUAGAAGCAGCAUCUAUUUUGCUGGUUGGUCCUACACUGAAAAAGUUUAAUGAUAGAGAUCUUUCCCGAGAAGAGGUGGCAAUUGCAAAGCGUUAUCCUGCUUGUACUGCCUUGUGCAUUAGGGAUGGCUGGGAGUUCUGUCGUCCUGAGAAUGCAGCAGAUUCUACUUAUCAGUUUCUUUUCGAGCAAUGGAAAGAUCAUUUUCCCCCAGGCUAUCUUCUCAAGGAUGCUUCUGUUGAUCAACCUUUUGAAGAAGAUGCUUGCCGCUGCCACUUCAGUUUUGUCCAAGACAACACUUUGAAUGUGGAUUCACAACUAGCCUUAAGAUAUCAAUGGUUUAUGGGAGAGAGAACACUUUCAGAUUUUGUUGCUAUUCCUGAUGUCACUGAAGAGGUAUACUGGCCAAAGCAUGAAGACAUUGGUAAAAUCCUAAAAGUAGAAUGUACCCUCAUAUUGGGAGAAACAGAGUAUCCUACAAUAUUUGCCAUAUCUUCGCCAGUUAAACGAGGAAAUGGAAUUCCAAAGGUUGUAAACCUUGAAGUGCGUGGGGAUUUAAUUGAAGGAAAUAUUAUCAAAGGCUAUGCUGAGGUUGCAUGGUGUGGUGGAACUCCAGGGAAAGGUGUUUCCAGUUGGCUGAGGAGAAAAUGGAAUAGUAGCCCGGUGGUUAUUGUUGGUGCAGAAGAUGAGGAGUAUCAGCUAACUUUAGAUGACAUUGACUCAAGUUUGGUUUUCAUGUAUACCCCAGUUACUGAGGAAGGUGCCAAAGGAGAGCCUCAGUACAAGUAUACUGAUUUUGUUAAAGCAGCUCCUCCAUCAGUCACUAAUAUUCAAAUUGUUGGAGAUCUUAUUGAAGGAAGUAUCAUAAAAGGAGUCGCAAAGUACUUUGGGGGAAGAGAAGGUCCCAGCAAGUUUGAAUGGUUACGUGAAAGCAAAGAAUCUGGAGAUUUUCAAUUGGUUUCAAUGGGUACGCCAGAGUAUACUCUGACCAAAGAGGAUGUAGGCCGACACAUAGCUUUUGUUUACAUACCGAUUAAUUUCGAAGGGCAGGAAGGGGAAUCUCUAUCAAUAGUGUCUCCUGUGGUGAAGCAAGCACCUCCAAAAGUGACAAAUGUUAAGAUUAUUGGCGAUAUGAUGGAAAACAGUAAGGUUUCUGUUACUGGCAUUGUUUCGGGAGGAACUGAAAGUUCUAGCAGAGUUCAGUGGUUCAAAACAACUUCUUCAACACUGGAUGGUGAGAAUGGUCUUGAAGCAGUAAGUGCAUCCAAAAUUGCUAAGGCAUUCCGCAUACCUCUUGGAGCAGUUGGAUACUACAUUGUUGCAAAAUAUACUCCUAUGACUCCAGAUGGUGAAUCUGGCGAAUCUGUAUAUGUUAUAUCUGAAAAUGCAGUUGAGACUCUUCCCCCAAGUCUGAAUUUCUUAUCUAUUACUGGUGAUUACACUGAAGGUGGAAUGUUGACAGCAUCAUAUGGCUAUAUAGGUGGUCAUGAAGGAAAAAGUGUGUACAAUUGGUAUCUUCAUGAGGCUGAAACAGAUUCUGGUACUCUGAUACCUGAGGGUUCUGGAGUUCUUCAGUAUCGUAUUAUUGGGGAUGCAAUUGGUAAGUUCAUAUCCUUCCAAUGUGUCCCUGUCCGUGACGAUGGCAUAGUAGGUGAGCCAAGAACUUGCAUGGGACAGGAGCGAGUUCGACCUGGAAGUCCAAGGCUGCUUUCUCUACAAAUAGUUGGAACUGCUGUUGAAGGAACUGCAUUAAGUGUUGACAAAAAGUAUUGGGGAGGUGACGAAGGAGAUUCAGUUUUCCGUUGGUUUCGGACUAGUUCAGAUGGCAAUCAAAGUGAAAUACGUGGUGCUACUGCCGCAUUGUACAUGCUUUCAAUUGAUGAUAUUGGAUUCUUUGUUUCAGUUUCAUGUGAGCCUGUUAGGAGAGAUUGGGCUCGUGGCCCUAUUGUUGUUUCUGAACAGAUCGGCCCUAUCAUACCUGGCCCUCCAACUUGUCAGUCGUUAGAGUUUCUGGGAUCUAUGAUGGAAGGACAACGUCUGAGCUUUGUUGCUUCUUACAGUGGAGGGGAGAGGGGAAAUUGUUUCCAUGAAUGGUUUAGAGUGAAAAGUGAUGGUGUGAGAGAGAAAUUAAGCGCUGAUGAGUUUUUGGAUUUGAAAUUGGAGGAUGUUGGAAAAAGUAUCGGACUUGUUUACACUCCAACACGGAAAGAUGGUGUAAAAGGAAAUCCUAGGACCAUAAAGUCCAAUAUGAUCGCACCAGCGGAUCCUGUGGGACUGGAACUCGUGAUCCCUAACUGCUUUGAGGACAAGGAAGUGGUCCCUCAAAAAACAUACUUUGGCGGACAAGAGGGAGUUGGAGAGUAUAUUUGGUACAGAUCAAAGAACAAGCUACACGAUUCUGCAUUGAUGGAUAUAUGUAAUGCCGGUGAUGAUGUUGUCUUAUGUAGUAAAUCAUUGACAUAUACUCCAUCACUUGAGGAUGUGGACUUUUACUUGGCCUUGUAUUGGUUGCCCACUCGUGCAGACAGCAAAUGUGGAAAACCAUUAGUUGCAAUCUCUGAUUCUCCUGUUAAGCCAGGUCUUCCAGUUGUUUCUGAUGUUCGAGUAAAGGAGUUGUCUUUUGGUAUGUAUUCUGGAGAGGGAAAGUACUUUGGUGGCUAUGAAGGAUCAAGCCUCUUCAGCUGGUAUAGAGAAACUAAUGAGGGGACCAUCGUUCUUAUUGAUGAGAGUAACUCUAAAACUUAUGAAGUCACAGAUGCGGAUUAUAAUUGCCACUUGUUGUUCGGGUACACACCAGUUCGUUCAGAUUCACUUGUGGGCGAACUCAAAUUGUCUGAGCCUACUGGAAUUAUUCUCCCAGAACUUCCAAGAGUGGAAAUGCUUGCUCUCACUGGAAAGGCAAUAGAACGCGAUGUUCUCACUGCUGUUGAAGUUAUACCCAAGAGUGCAGCUCAACAAUCUGUCUGGAGCAAGUACAAGAAGGAUGUCAAAUAUCAAUGGUUCUCUUCAUCUGUAAUUGGGGACAUAGACUCCUUUGAGCCCUUACCGGCACAACGUUCUUGCUCUUACAAGGUGCGACUGGAGGACAUUGGUAGAUGCUUGAGAUGUGAAUGCAUUGUGACUGAUGUGUUUGGAAGGUCAAGUGAGCUGGCAUAUGCUGAGACUGCUGCUGUAUUGCCAGGGAUUCCUAAAAUAGAUAAAUUAGAGAUCGAGGGACGGGGUUUUCACACCAACUUAUAUGCUGUUCGAGGCAUUUACAGUGGAGGAAAGGAGGGAAAAAGUAGAAUACAGUGGCUCAGAUCAAUGGUUGGUAGUCCUGAUCUGAUCUCAAUACAAGGAGAAGUGGGAAGGAUGUAUGAAGCUAAUGUAGAUGAUGUAGGGUACAGAUUGGUGGCUAUUUAUACUCCUGUGAGAGAAGAUGGUGUUGAAGGGCAGCCGGUGUCUGCGUCAACAGAGCCAAUUGCUGUUGAGCCUGAUGUUCUUAAAGAAGUGAAGCAGAAGCUUGAACUUGGAUCUGUGAAGUUUGAGGCAUUAUGUGACAAGGAUCGUUCUCCCAAAAAGGUCCCCGGAGAAGGGAGUCUUGAGAGAAGGAUUCUAGAAGUUAAUAGGAAAAGAGUCAAGGUUGUGAAGCCGGGUUCCAAGACCUCGUUUCCUACAACUGAAAUUCGUGGAAGUUAUGCUCCACCCUUCCAUGUCGAACUUUUCAGGAAUGACCAACAUCGGCUUAGGAUUGUAGUGGACAGUGAGAAUGAAGUUGACCUGAUGGUUCAUUCCAGGCAUCUGCGGGAUGUUAUUGUCCUUGUAAUCCGAGGCCUUGCUCAGAGAUUUAAUAGUACAUCACUCAAUUCUCUCCUCAAAAUAGAAACAUGAUGUAAACAUUGAAUUAAUAGGAAAAAAAGAAAAAAAAGAAAAAAAAUAUAUAUAUAUAUAUAUAUAUGUUCAGUUGUAGGAUUUGGUUCAUUUAGUCACCAAUCUGAUCCCCAUUUUUACUUACCAUUUAUUCUUGUUUCCUUGGCGGUUGUUCUGUGUGUAAGAUAUGCUUGUGCAGUGCUCCAAAUGCUGGAGGUGUCAAAAUAUUUGUAUAUUAUUACAUAUCUACGAGUUAUUUGAGAAAUCUUGGCUUUCAAUCCUUA